AUGCUGCUGACUAGCACAACCCGCAUUUGGGCCUCCUCCGGCGCCGCACCCGGCGCGCUCGCGUACGCCGCGCCGCUGCCAGCGCCCGCCCUGCUGGCAAUUCCGCUGCUCUGCGCCGCCCAGACCGCCGCCGGCGCCCUAGCAGGCGCCGCGGCGGCGCGCGCGGUCGAGGGGCGCUCGGCGGUCGCGCGCGCGCUGCUCGGGUGGCGGGAGCUGCACCCGACCGCGGGGGCGGCGGCGAUUGCUGCCAGUGCAGCUGCGGCGAUGGGGGCCCCGAUGGCCGCGCCGGCCCUGCUGCCGCGCAACCACGGGGUGCCUCCCGGCCUUCCGGUGCUGAUGAGCCUCGCCUGCGCUUUCGGCAACUGCCUGGCACUGCCGACGUUGUAUCUGACCACCAUGCUGGCGCCCCAGGCCGCUGCCCCUGCGCUUGCAGCCACGGCGCUAUGUUACGCGACCCAGGCGCCGCUCAUGUGGGUGUUUGGAUACGGGCGGCUGCGGCGGCUGCGGCGGGACGCGGAGGAUGGCGGCGGUGGCGCGCGGGCGCGGCGGCGGAGCGGGAGAGGCGUCGCCCUCGGCCUGAGCCCCGCCGCGCCGCUCCUCCUCGACCCCGCUGCCGCCGCCGCCGCCGUCGCCGCGACGCCGCCGCGCGGCGCGUGGGAGGUCGCGCUUCUGCUGGGCGCGGCGCGGGCGGUGUGGGAGCUGGCCGAAAUGCUGGGCGCCGCCACCAUCGCCAACACCACGCUCGUUUGCGCCACCUCGCUCUUCGGCCGCCCCACGUUUGGCGGCGGCGGCGGGGCCGGCGUAUCUGGCAGCGGCACCCGGAGGGGCGGCCGGGAAGGGUAUGGGGGCGGCGGCGCCGGCUCAAGCUCGAGUGAAGAGGAGGAGGGGGAGGAGGCCGGCGAGGGCGGCGGGCUGCAGGUCGAGAGGGAAGGCGGCAUGACUACGAUCACGGUGACGCCGGGUGACGCCCCGGUGACGUCAUCGAUCGGGAAGCCGCCCCCGCCCCCAGGAGGCGGUUACGUGAAGCUGACUGAGCAGGGCGCAGAGUCGGCCGAUGACGCGACCGCGUCCGUCUGGCGCCAGCUGGCGCCCCGCGGCGCGUGGGAGUGGCGCGCCGCCGCGGCCGUCGUGGCCGUGCGGUUCUUGCUGAUGCCGCUUGCGUCGUCGGCGCUUGUCGGCGCCUGCGCGGCGGCGGGUCUGCUGCCGCGCGACCCGUCGGUGCUGUUUGCACUCAUGCUGCAGGGCGCGAUGCCGCCGGCACAGGCGUUGGUGGUCAUGUUUGCGCUCGGGGGCGCAGGGGGCGGCGCCGGCGGGCGGUCGAAGAGCGGUAGCAGCGGCGGCGCCGGCGACGCGGACGGCGGCGGGCUCGCGGGCGCGGCGGCGCGGCUGCUGCUCCAGACGUAUGCAGUUGCGGCGGUGCCGAUGACGAUUUGGGCGUCGUGGCUCGCGGGAGCGGCGGCGCGCGCGGCGGCGGGCGGCGGCGCGGCCUAG